AUCAAUUAUGACAAAGGUAAGGGGUGAAAACGAGAUAUUCGAAAACUUUAUGUGCAACUGCCCGAGUACACUACCCGUAGCCUUCUAGGCGAACCACGAAAAAAAAAAAAAGGGGAAAAGGAAAAAAGAAAAAAACCCCAAAAAACCUUGUUUGUGACCUUAGCUCACCAUCUUACCUUAUUCAUGGCGUCGAGCCUGCCAUGGCACCCUCUACUGGCUGCGAAGCCCCAAAAGCGUCUAUUUCACCGACCUAAUCCCAUCUCCAUCCACCACCGCGCGAGCAUACGCGCCUUCAGGCGCAGCGACCUCGACGGAUUCGCCAGGCGCGUCACGUCCGGCGAGCUGUGGCGCGACGCCUGGAGGAGUGCCAACGACGGAUUCGAGUUGUUCGUCUAUGAGACGCGGAAGACGGCGGAGCGGAUAGACCGAAGAUACGACGUCUCGAGGCGGGCAUCCGCAGUGGCGGAGUCCGCCGCCGACCGAGCGCGUGAGCUUGAUCGUGAAUUUGAAAUUACUCAGCGCUGGCGGACAUUUUCGCUAGAUUUUAGGAGAAACUUGCCAAGGUACAGGAAGCAGCUCAAUGAUUUUCUCGAUACUCCAUUGGGGCGGAGUUUCGCUACACUUUUCUUUCUAUGGUUUGCCUUGUCGGGAUGGCUAUUCCGAAUUCUGAUUUUUGCUACAUGGGUGCUGCCAUUUGCUGGUCCUCUCUUAAUUGGGGCCGUGGCAAAUAACCUAGUCAUUAAGGGUGAAUGCCCAGCUUGUAAGAAGCAAUUUGUGGGAUACAAGAGCCAAACUGUACGAUGUGCUAGCUGUGGAAAUAUUGUUUGGCAACCACAAGGUGACUUCUUCUCAAGAGGCGGUAGAGGUCCUUCCUCGUCAAAGUCAAAGUCUCAACCAGACAUCAUCGAUGUUGAAUUCGAAGAGAAAUGAGCCAAGGCUGUGAGUUUGCCCUCUUCAUGUCGAUAUUCUUGGUUUGUUAUCUUAUAGAAAUAUAGGAGAACUCAUGUAUUCCUUUUAUUAACAGUUUGUGACAAUCACUCCCCACGCCCCAAUCAUCUUCAUGUAGUAGUCCUUGAACCUUACUCACACCAAUGGAAGGCAUCUUUGCUGUAAA